CAUCGAGACGCAGAGUUGGCUGAAAGCAAUACCGCGGCGCCGUUGCGUGGCCGCGCCGAAUCCCACAGAGCCGCCGCAACUGGGUCUAACAUCCAUCCUGUCCGUCGCAGAUCAUCAGCCAUGCAUUUGAUGUACAGCAAGGACGCCGCUGGCAAGCGAGUGUACACCCUCAAGAAACUCACCGCUGACGGCACAGUCACCAAGUCGGCGCAUCCUGCCCGAUUCUCGCCCGACGACAAGUACUCCCGCCAUCGGGUCACUCUCAAGAAGCGGUUUGGUCUGCUGCUGACGCAGACCCCCGCCCGUGCUGUCUGAGCGAGAUAGGUCCCGGCUGAUCUGGAACGGGAGGAUGCCUUUUGACCAAUAUACACUGCCUCUGCUUCCAA